CCCCCUCCUCCUCCUGGGAGACUUGAAACAACAAAACUCGUGCAGACGCAGCGAGGCCGCAGAGCGACGAGGUCGUGGUGAGGAGUGCGGAGACGUGAGUUGUUGGUGGUGGAGUUGUUGGUGGUGUUGGGGCGAAGAUUGAAAGAGGAACGAGGUGGAGAAGACGACGAGGACGACGACGAGGAGGAGGAGGGGGGAGGAGGAGGUCAUCGUGCUACCAUGGUCACCCAUGUCCACCUCCUCCCGGCCGUCUCGCUUCUCCUCGCGGUGCUCGCCGUCGAGAGCUCCGUCAACAUCUUCAUGAGCGAAGACGAGGUGAAGAAGCUGCUGGGGCUGAAGGCGCAGCUGUACUACGUGCGCGAUGGCGUCGUCUGCCAGAACGCGUUCUCCUUCGUGCUGCCCGUGCCGGGGGACAUGGGCAGCCUGCACUUCACGUGGCACGCCUCCACGCCGGUGGAGUACCGGUUGGGGUUCCAGGUGGACGAUCCGAUCGCCAUGGACCCCCCCACGGUGAACGUCACGUGGAACGGAGCGGUGCCCCGACUCCCCUCCGUGUUCCGCGUGAACCUGCCCUGCACGGGCCGCGUUGAGAGCGAAGUGGCUCUGCUCAUGCAGCUGAACCUCACCGCCACCUCCACCUCCACCACCUCCACCGCCACCUCCACCGCGGCCGGGAAAAACGUCACCACCCUCAACUUCAAGCGGCGGAAAUCCUGCUCCCGACAAGCCGAUCUGGAUGAAGGACCGCUCGGUCCAUCCACCGACGGGCACGGCGGCGCGACGGUGGCGGUGGCGGCGGCGGCGGCGGCGACGACGUCGACGCGCGUCUUCUACAUCAGCGUGGGCGUCUGCUGCGCCGUCAUCUUCCUGGUGGCGCUCGUGCUGGCGCUGCUGCACAUCCACAGCAUGAAGAAGGUGGAGGAGGACAGCCUGUUUGACAGUGAGAGCACCCAGGGGCUGUCCCAGCCGUCCACACAGACGACGCAGUGCCUGCGCGCGGACACCCCCAACAACGCCGCUCCCAUCACCAACUACCCGAGCCUGAAGAUUGAGAAGAACGACCUGAAGCCACUGAACCUGCCAGAGGCGAAGAGUCGCGUGCGUGACAUCGCCGUGGCGCGCGAGAGGGUCACGCUCAAGCAGGUGCUGCAGGAAGGAACAUUUGGCAGGAUCUACCACGGCGUGCUGCUCGAUGAGAAGGACCCCAAGGUGGAGAAGGAGGUGUUCGUCAAAACCGUCAACGAGCACGCCUCCGAGGUCCAGGUCGUCCUCAUGCUCACGGAGAGCUGCAAGCUGCGCGGGCUGCACCACCGGAACCUGCUGCCCAUCUGUGCGGUGUGCGUGGACGAGGGCGAGCGGCCGCUCGUGCUGCUGCCGCUCAUGAGCUGGGGGAACCUGAAGCUCUUCCUGCGCCAGUGCAAGCUGGCCGAGGCCAACAACCCACAGAGCCUGUCACAGCAAGACCUGGUGAACAUCGCCAUCCAGAUCGCGUGCGGCAUGAGCUACCUCACCAAGCGGGAGGUGGUGCACCGAGACCUCGCCGCCAGGAACUGCGUCAUUGACGAGGGCCUGCACGUGAAGAUCACGGACACGGCGCUGGCUCGCGACCUCUUCCCCAUGGACUACCACUGCCUGGGGGACAACGUGAACCGGCCUGUGCGCUGGAUGGCCCUCGAAGGCCUCCUCCACCACGACUUCUCCCCCGCCAGCGACGUGUGGGCGUUUGGGGUGACGCUGUGGGAGUUGAUGACGCUGGGACAGACCCCGUACGCUGAAAUCGACCCCUUCGAGAUGGCGGCUUACCUCAAGGACGGAUUCCGAAUCCCCCAACCCUGCAACUGCCCUGACGAGCUGUUUGCAGUCAUGGCGUGCUGCUGGGCGCUGGACCCAGAGGAGAGGCCAAAGUUCACGCAGCUGGUGCAGUGCCUCACCGAGUUCCACGCGGCACUCACCGCCUACGUCUGAGCUCACCGCUCACCACUCAUCACCCACGUGUGACCUCACCGCUCACCACUCACCACCCACCACUCACCACCCACGUGUGACCUCACCGCUCACCACUCACCACCCACCGCUCACCACCCACGUGUGAACUCACCGCUCACCGCUCACCACGUGCAUUUGAACUCGCUCCUCGCAGCCCAUGGCCUCUGCUCGCCGCCCCUGUGCGACCUCUCCACUCGUCGCCCACCGCUUGAGUGUCAGCUCGCCGCUCACCACUCACCACUCACCACCGUGUGAGCUCACCGCUCACCGCUCACCACUCACCACCGUGUGAGCUCAUCGCUCACCACUCACCACUCACCACCGUGUGAGCUCGCCGCUCGCCACUCGCCACUCACUACUCACCACUCCCGUGUGAGCUCACCCUGUUCUCCUUGAACUCCCCCCACCUGGGUUCCAUCUGGUGUCUCGCCGCGUCGUUGACUUUUCUCAUCCCGGGAGCCGUGAGCGGGGCAAGGGGCGACCCUGGAGUGGACGCAGGGGGCGGUGUGGGUCAUG